AUGCCCGCUUUCGAGGCUACACCCGCGCCGGCUCCGGGGGGGGGGGACCGAGAGAAAGGAUCGGGGCGGAGACUGGGUCAUUCAUCGCGGGAAAAGAUGCCGCGGCAGCAGUCGCAGCAUAAACUCCCUAUAUUGAACGAGAUGCUUUCUCUACAGGAGAAGCUGGAGAGCGAUAUUCAACAUAUAGAGGCGAGGAUCUACGAGAUGGAAGGGGAUUACUUGACAGCAACAGCGGACGUCGGGAAUAUGAUCAAAGGCUGGGAAGGUUACAUCUCUUCAAGCACAAAGGCUCGCCGCCCCCCUGGCAAACUAUCGACUCCGUCUGGAGCCCAGGAUCGGCUUUUCUCUCUCACAAGCUGUACCAGCCGUGUAUGGCGCGAGUUCGGACCGUGGACGGACGACGAUCCCUCCGCUGCGGCGUCUUCUGCUGGCAACGGGAAGUCUCCUUGGCAGGCGUCGGGUGCGCCGUUGCAAGGCACCGGCGUGUCUAGCCGCCAGGCGGGUUGUGCGUCCGCGUCGGCCCGCACGGCGAAACGCACCCAGAGCAGAAACACGCAUGGCCAUGGGUUCAAAUCCGGCGAGCGCGGCAGCAAAGCGGCGGGCUCCGCUCCAGAUCCACACGGGAAAGCGGCUGCAGGCAGCGGGCACCGAGAACCCGUCGACGGAAGUCAAGCCCCUGACGCGAACGGCGCGUUUUCUGAGGACACACAAAGCAGAGCUGGUGCGCCGUAG